CACUCAGGACCCGCCAACAUGGGCCGCGUUCACACCAAAACCGUGAAGAAAGCGGCCCGAGUCAUCAUCGAGAAGUACUACACUCACCUGGGCAAUGACUUCCACACCAACAAGCGCGUGUGCGAGGAGAUUGCCAUCAUCCCCAGCAAGAAGCUGCGCAACAAGAUCGCCGGCUAUGCCACGCACCUGAUGAAGCGGAUUCAGAGGGGCCCGGUGAGAGGCAUCUCCAUCAAGCUGCAGGAGGAGGAGCGGGAGUGGAGAGACAACUACGUGCCCGUGGUCUCAGCCCUGGAUCAGGAGAUCAUUGAAGUAGAUCCUGACACUAAGGAAAUGCUGAAGCUUCUGGACUUCGGCAGCCUGUCCAACCUGCAGGUCACGCAGUCUACAGUGGGGAUGAACUUCAAAACGUCACGUGGAGCCAUGUGAGCCUUUCUGCU